AUGCCCUCUUUCUCGAACCUUUUGCACCUUGUCACGCUCGCUCUGACGCUGAGCGUUGCAUCUGGCGAUGCUCGAAUGGACCUGGUGAAGCGUGAUUCAGCUUCUGACAGAGAAGCCCAUGCUGCUGUGGCACGUGCCUUCUCUGCCAGCGGUCUUGAGGAGCGCAACAUCGAACAAGGUGGUGUCUAUAGCAUUCCUCUCGUCAGGCGAACCGGAACCACCUUCACCAACAACACCCUCCUCCGACGAGGCGCACAGUCAGUCGAUGUAGACAUUGACACCUUUGCCAUUGAGCUUGGCAUCAACGGAAAGAAGUACCCUUACAAUGUCCUGACCCACUCCGACCUCAUCAUUGCCAUGAAUGUCAAAGAUGAUGCCAGUGCUUGGAACCCCGCGGCUGACCUGAAACUCAAGAAGGCAACUACCAACGGACCCAAAGUCACUAGCACCGUCGGCGGAACCGCGGCUCAGUACAAGGUCUCUGACGUGUCCAUCGGUAACAGCACCCUUCAUAACAUCGGCGUUCUGUACGGAGACCCGGCUAGUGCAAAUGACAAGGGCGAGCCCGUCGGCGACCUAGGACUUGGUCUCCCAGGAUCGACUGCUUUCCGCAACACGGCUGCUUCCAGUAUGCUCAAGACGAUCUACGAAGCAAAAGCUUGGGCCAAGCCCAUCUUCUCUCUAGCCCUGCACCGCCCUGAUGCAAAGCAGAGCGAACUGAUCUUGGGCGCUGAGAGUCAGGGGGCUAAAGGUGCCAAGCCCUUCUGGCAGUCCAGCCAGAAGAACCGAUGGGCUGUUAAUGUGUCUUUCAACGGACACAGGGGCAUCGCUGACCUCGCUACGAACACGCACUUCAUCAUCGCUCCCCCUGAUGUGGCUACCGAGCUCAUCAAAAAGGUCGGUCUCACGCCCGAGAAGAACAAAGACGGCGAGACCGUUGGCAAGCUCGACUGUGACAAGCAGAUUGGCGACACCAAGAUCGACCUCGACGGCGGGUCUCUUCUCUUCACCUCGGACUAUGGUGCUGUCAGGGACGACCCAGACGGCAACCAGUGCACUUACAUCAUCAAAGGCGUUGAGCAGGGCGACUACCCUACGCCUUACACCUUCGGCAUGAUCGUCUUCUACAAUUACAACGUUAACUUCGACUUCACCUCUGGCAAGCCCAGAGUGGGCUUUGUUCGCGCCUAA